AUUGGAUAAAACGACAUGUCGCAUACUCUAGCCUUCUCAUCUUCCACGCGAAAAAGGCAACACUCGAAGACUGAAAAUCAACUAUCUACCUCCGGAGGCUGCUUCUUCCUCUUCCCACAAAGCAAAACCCUCCCUGCAAAAAUUGAACCCCCAAAAAUGGGUUCAAUUCCGAAACUACCCCUCCUCCUCCUCACCACCGUCGUCCUCCUCCUCGCCGCCUUCACCGAGUUAUCCGAAUCCAACCCGGUCCCCGAACUCCUCUCCCUCCAAUCCCGAUCCAGUUCUGGGGUGAUCCGCCUCGACGACCGCUCCCUCGCCCAAUUCCUAACCGGCGUUAAAACCCCGCGACCCUACUGGGUCCUCGUCUUCUUUGAUGCUGCGAAGCUCCACGACAAGUCGGAGCUUCACCUCAAGGAGCUCCGCAAAGAGUUCGCCGUCGUCGCCUCCUCCUUCAUCGAGAACAACCAGGACCCGUCGUCCCCCUCCCACGCCAAGCUCUUCUUCUGCGACAUCGAGUUCCAGGAGUCGCAGCACAGCUUCGCCCAAUUCGGAGUCAACUCGCUGCCGCACAUCCGCCUGAUCGGCCCCACCCACGGCCUGAAGGAGUCCCAGCAGAUGGACCAGGGCGAUUUCUCCCGAUUGGCCGAGUCAAUGUCCGAGUUCAUCGAGUCCAAGACCAAACUCGUCGUGGGUCCGAUCCAUCGGCCUCCGAUGCUGUCCAAGAACCAGAUUAUGUUCGUCACCAUUGCCUGGCUGAUUUGCAUGCCGUUCAUUGCGAAGAAGGUUUACAGUGGCAAGACAUUGCUUCACGAUCCGAGGAUUUGGCUAUCGGGGUCGGUUUUUGUUUACUUCUUCAGCGUCUCGGGCGCAAUGCAUAACAUCAUUAGGAACAUGCCCAUGUUUUUGGUUGAUAGGGAGGAUCCUUCCAAGCUCAUAUUUUUCUACCAGGGCUCCGGAAUGCAGCUCGGAACAGAGGGGUUCACUGUCGGAUUCUUGUACACCAUUGUCGGGUUGUUGCUGGCAUUCCUCACCCGCGUGCUUGUUACGGUUCGCAGUGUCAAGGUGCAGCGCAUUGUGAUGAUUAUUGCACUGUUUGUUUCGUUCUUGGCGGUGAAGAAGGUGAUCCAGUUGGAUAACUGGAAGACGGGUUACGGGGUGCAUGCUUUUUGGCCUACGAGCUGGAACUGAGCCCGGGGAGGAUGAGCAUGUCAAUUCGCGAAUUGAGCUUCUAUAAAGGUGAUAGAUUUAUGUUAACGAAAACUUUGAUAACGAAUUGAUCAUGCAAAAGAUGUGUACUUUUUGAUAGUUGGUCCUGCAUUAGCAGGGCUUACAUUAUGUUUGAACCGAGAACUAUGUAUUAGAAAAUUUCGCCUGAUUACAUAUGCUUUGCGUUUA